AUGAUGAAAAACGCUGCUUCAUACAAAUGCGACACAGAUGACUUCGAGACUGAAUGCACACACUUAGGUUUACCUCCUGAGCACAGCAAGAUGUUGGGUCGUGUUUACGCAUCUAAUCUUGAUGUUUUGAAGCAAUUUGUGAAAAACAGCAUCCCAAAAGAACCUCCACUGGAGUCAGUAAUCGUGUUGGAAGAAAAUACACCAUCUCCCAUGUUACGGUACACACGUAACGUAAAAACUUCGUGCCAGCUUAACGGAGAGAUCAGCUGUCAUAUGGAUUUCGUCUGGGACAUGAUCAAAAGCAAGUUUAUGGAAUGA